AUAAAAAGCUCAACGCGCUCCAGAAAAUCGGAGACCAAAGGAAGCUAUGGCCACCGUGCCAAUAGAUCCAGCCGAUACAGUCAACCGCGACAAUUCUCAUGGUAUGCCAAAGGAAGCCAUGGCCACCGUGCAUAUCGAUCCAGCCGAUUCAAUCAACCGCGACAAUUCUCAUAGUAGCAAGGGGGGCAAGGCCAAAAGACUCAAGUGGUUGGACAUUGCUAUGGAGGAUCCCUCUGCGGCUUCUGAAGGCUCCAGUUCCUCUGCCAUGGCCGCCGUGCAUAUUGAUCCAGCCGAUUCAAUCAACCGCGACAAUUCUCAUGGUAUGCCAAAGGAAGCCAUGGCCGCCGUACAUAUUGAUCCAGCUGAUUCAAUCAACCGCGACAAUUCUCAUGGUAUGCCAAAGGAAGCCAUGGCCACCGUGCAUAUCGAUCCAGCUGAUUCAAUCAACCACGACAAUUCUCAUGGUAGCAAGGGUGGCAAGGCCAGAAGACUCAAGGGGUCGAACAUUGCUAUGGAAGGUCCCUGGGCGGCUUAUAAAGGGCCCAUUUCUUCUGGUAGCCAGGGUGGCAAGGCCAAGAGACUCAAGCUGAAACUCCUUGCUGUUGAGACUUAUGAUGGCCCCAGUUCUCUUGGCAUGAAGGCAGAAGAACCAAAUAUUGGCACUUCUCCACUCCACAAGCUCCAUAGUCAUACUGGUGAUGCAGAAGGACCAAUGAGCACAUUCUCAAAAAAAAAAAAAAAAAAAAAAAGAAGGACGAAUAAGCACUUUCUUUGCGUCAGCCGCCCGUCGUAGGUCAAUGUUCCGGAUUAAGCCAGAAUUCCGUUGUGGUAAGUGUUUGGUUUGUUCCUUGGUAGAUGACCACCCUACAUCUGUAUGCCCGUACAAGACAUUUCUCCCAGAGGAUGCAAUCGUUAGCAGUGUGUGUAUCUUGCUUUGUAAUUUAUGUGGCAAGUCAGAUGGACGUUGCGAAUGUUAUAAAGUGGAAGGACGGACUCUUGUUUUCAAGUUUUGUCAUCUAUGUUGCAGUUCAUACCACUGGAGUACAGAGUGCCCAUGCAGGGUUGCACUUAGUUCUCCUCCAGUGGACUCUCCUCAUCAAACCUCUAGUGCAGAGCUGUGUUAAAUGCUUCGGACCGUUGUUUUAGGGUUUCUGAGGAUGGAAAUUUGGUGUUUGGCUUCACCUGUGUUGGGAAGAAAGUGCUGAUUUAUAUUCGAUGUGAAUAUCUGUGGUUGAUCCUGUGUUAAUUCUCGUGUAAAAGUCUUUUGCGAAGUGGAUCGUCUUGUUAUCGAGUUGCUUCAACAAUGAGAUAAUUUCUGCCUUGUUCACAUGCAGUGUCAUUUGAAGCAUAUCCAACUUUUUACUGCCAGAGACCUAUGAGGUUCUUUUUUUUUUUUUUUGGUCAUAUACUAUUUGCAGAAACACAAUUAAAAUGCUACUGGUCAUGACAUGGAUGAAGGUGCAGAAACAAAGGGAAACGAGCAUUACGUGUUCUAAAGAAAUGUAUGGAUAUUUUCUGCAAAGUCUCGGGGCAAUCUAUCAAUUUUGACAAGUCUAUGGUUUACUGUUCCGCAAAUAUAAAUAAGAGGGUUGCUAAGAAGAUUAGCAGAAUCUGUGGAUCCCCUCUAACGAAUGACUUGGGAAAGUACCUAGGGAUGCCCCUAAUCCACUCAAGAAUCACCAAAUGUACCUAUGCUAGUUUGGUGGACAAGGUUCAACAGAGGCUAGCUAGCUGGAAGAGUAAGAACCUAAGUAUGGCUGGAAAAUUGACUUUAAUCCAAGCUGUUACCUCUUCAAUUUCUACCUAUGCCAUGCAGACUGCUAAACUCCCUAAGUACACUUGUGAGAAUAUUGAUAAACUUAACAGGAACUUCUUUUGGGGUGACUCCAUUGAGAAAAAGAAAAUACACCUCCUCAAGUGGGAUACUGUAUGUUUGCCUAAGUGCAAAGGUGGGGUUGGUAUCAAAAGAACUACAGAUAUGAACAGAGCUAUGUUAGCCAAAGCGAUUGGAGAAUUAUCAAAGGGGAUGACGGUCCGUGGAGUAAGAUCUUUUAUCAUAAAUAUCAUCAGAAUAAAUCCUUGCUUGACAAUAAUUAUAAUCAUCAUAAUAAUAGCUCCAGCACUUGGAGUAUUAUUCUUUAUGGUGCAGGUCUAUUGAGGAAUGGGAUUACUUGGAGAGUUGGUAACGGUCAGACCAUCAGAUUUUGGCAUGAUGAGUGGACUGGUUAUGGUGCGCUUUCUAAUCUUGCUCUGGAUGGUUCUUUAGUUGAUAUUAAUAUCCUUGUGCAGGAUUUUUGGUCUACAAAUGGCUGGGAUAUUCCAAUGCUUCAAGCAUGCAUCCCCAAUUAUGUAAUUGAUAAAAUCCUUAUGAUCCCAAUCAGCAACAAUCUUAACACUGAAGACAAGAUCAUAUGGAAGCAUAACUCUAAUGGUGAUUUCACUGUUAAGAGUGCUUAUGCUAGCAUCUCUGUUGAUGACUCCACCCCUGAUUGUGCCUGGAAGGGAGUAUGGAGUUUUCAUCCUCCCCCUAAACUAAAACUCUUUGCUUGGAUUAUGCUGUAAGGCGGACUUUUAACUAAUGCUCAAAGGCAUAGAAGGAAUCUCACCACUGAUCCAAGCUGUAAAUUCUGCCCUGGUAUCACUGAAUCCAUGCUCCACUUACUUAGGGACUGCCCUAAAGCUCAACAUGUUUGGUCUUCUAUUCGUAUACCCACCAGAAUGCUCGGUUCCUUCCAACUAAAUUGGAAUGAUUGGAUAGCGGCUAACACUCUUCAGCAGAAUUGCAGAUGAAAUUCUUUCAAGUGGC